CGAUGAUGUCCCGGUAGAGACGACAUUAACAUCGUGAUUGAAGAUUGAAGUGAGAUAUCAUGUAUUGGGAGUUUUUGAUUCGCGUGGUGUUGCUUCUCCUGGCCGUGUACGAACCCCUGACUGUGGCAGAAGUGGACGAAGGACAUUCCGAGUGGGACUAUGUUCUCUGCAUGCAAUAUGAAGGUGGGAAAAACGUCUUUCCCAUAGGCGUGCAAUAUAAUGCGGAAAUAGUGGAAUACGCAUGCGUCGAGACUUAUUUAUACUCUGUUGCACAAUCGAAAGGUUUGAAUAGUGUACAGACAGCGUGGAUAGAGGAGCUGUAUAACAAGUUCCGGGAUGAAGGAAACCGGGCUGAGAAUGGGCAGCUGACCAUCAGAGAACGGAAGGAGUACCGAAUGUUAACAGUGGCGGAGUUGGACAUAUUCCACAGAGCAUUGCUGGCAUUCAAGAAUGACAAGGCUGGAAAAUAUGAUGCAUUGACGAGUCUCCACGUCGGCGAGACUUCAAGAGCGGCCCAUCAUGGCCCAGCCUACCUAGUCUGGAACCGUAUCUUCCUGGAUCUGUUCGAACUAGCUUUAAGAGAAUAUGAAAGCGAUGUGACGCUACCAUACUGGGAUGUAACGUUAGACAGUCAGCUGGAGUGGCCCGCCCAGUCUCUGAUCUGGGGCCCCCAAUACGCCGGAAAUGGGAAUGGCCUGGUCAAUUCAGGACCUUUUGCCAACUGGGAUAUCCAAGGGAGGAAACUCAUGCGCAAUAUUGGCCACUCUGGACGACUCAUGAAGCCAAAUGACGUCACCAAGAUUAUGACAGGAAGUAUGUCUAUAUCCGAUAUAACUUUCCCAAACGCUGAAUUUGAAAAUAACUUGGAGCUUCACUCCUAUGGAGUGCGCCUGUGGAUCGGAGGAGACAUGGCCCUUUUGCAAACUUCAAUGAACGAUCCCAUGUAUUUCCUGUUGAGCGCUUACAUAGACAGUGUCUGGCAGGACUUUCGUGAUCUACAAGUGCAAAAUAACAUGGAUCCUGAGACAGACUGGCCCACCAAGUUUAGUGGAUACACGGCACAUUUCCCAAUCCAGGAACUGGGUGUGGUCCCGGCCAUCAGAAACAGAGCGGGCCUCCGAGACAGAUACGGUAAACUGGUGUACCGGUAUAUCAAGCCGACCUGUUCCUCACAGAAUACGUGCGGUACAACCGGUGCUCUGGCCUGUAAUGUUAUAUCACGAACCUGUAAAGCCGUCGCUAAUAACCAGGCCUCGGGCGCGUCUUGUCAUGGGAACAGUGGGUAUCAGAAUUCCUACUGCUUGGACGGAAACAACUGUGACGAGCGGGACUGGGUCUACCUCCCCAUACAGGUCUCCUACAUCCGACCCGACGAGUUCAGUUAUCCCGUCAAAGCCUUCACCUCCCCAUCGACUAGGGCGACAAACGAUAUCUACUCUGCCGUCCCAUUCUCCAAUGGCGCUUAUAAUGUCAGCUUGAGGAACAAAAGGGACUACCCGGCACCGAACCUUGAUACGUGCAAGUGCUCCAGCUCGGAAACUGGGCGAGUUUAUGUUCAGACGUACGGCCUCGAUUACAAUGGAACUUACCGGGAAUACUCUGUGGUGGACAAGCGCCUACCCAUUUCCUCAGCCUGGACUUACGCGGCUGUAAAGGACCCCAGGGAUUCGUCCGAUUUCCAGAUCCGAGCCCUCAUUCGGGUCUACGACGAAUGUGGGAACAUAUGUGUAUCUCACUGUCGCGUGACCGGUUCCGAUGAAUACGGCACGUGUUCCGGUGUUGUAAUAGUGUCAACCAAGGAGCCUAAGCAAUACAGUGAUACGAUGGAAAACGUGUUUUACAUGAACUGGGAUUAUUUUGACAGCACGCCAUACCCCAGUCACAAGAGAGACCUCAGCUUCUUGAAGUUUUACUGUGAUUAUUCUGCCAUCUGGCCGUGGUUGAACUUUGGAUACAUCGAGGACCCUUACAAGCCCCGACCCCCACCUCCCGUGGACCCGGAUUUCGAAGACUUACUGACCACUACAACUACAACAACAACGACGACAACCACGCCUCCAACCACCACAACCACAACCACCGAGCCAACCACAACUGUCCUCAUCAAGUCAGAAUGUAAGUGAAACUUUUGCCGGCUGAUUUAUCCGUCUUGUUAUAGUCGAAACUUGAUGUAUAAUACAUUAAACUAUAUCUCAGGUUAAAAUCACAUUGG